AAGGUGGAAUCCAGUUACAUGUUUUUUCCUUGAGUGGGAGGAUUUAGGAAUCUUGCCAAUAUGUGGCUGAAGCAAUGGAACGCUGAGCAAGAAAAGUAACAAUUACUGAACGUCGCAGUGAGAACUUUACUUUGAAAAAGGACAGCACAACACGAUCCAAAUGGCAGAACAGCACUCAGACCUGGAAAAUGCCAUCAACACUUUGGUCACACAGUUCCAUGCCGCUGCGGCCAAUAAUGGUCCUACGCUCCAAACCCAAGAGUUCAAAGGCCUCCUAUCGUCCCAGCUGCCCAACUUAGUUACCGCAAAGACCCAAACUUCGCUCCAUAGAAUUCUACUGUCUGAAAAGCUUUCCAGCUAUCCUGCUCAGAUGCCUAGACACUGCUCUGCAGGUGGAUGCAAAUCCCGUGACACCAGAGAAAAUCGUAAGGCUGGCAUUACCUUUCACAGGUUGCCAAAGCGUGGAACCCCACGCCGGGACCUAUGGAUCAUCAACUCGCACCGCAAGGGCCCACAAGGCCAGGGGCCAUGGGACCCCCAGAGCAACUUCAUCUAUUUCUGCUCCAAGCAUUUCACCCCAGAGAGUUUUGAACUCUCAGGAGUCAGUGGGUACAGAAGGCUGAAGGACGAUGCAUUGCCCACAGUCUUCGAAAUGGUCAUGCAGCCAGGAGGAAGAGGAGGGGGGGAAACUCCUAGAGGAAAGGGCAAACAGAAUGUCAUAAGCCUACAGACCAGGAGGUCCCGCUCUCUGAAAGUGGAACAAAACAGCCAGAAUGGUGCACAACAAGAAAUUGAAGCGAAAAAUAUAGAUCGUGGAGAACAAGUUCAGAGCUCUGAGACACCCAAUGGGGAAGCUAAUAACAAUAUAGAGCUGGGCAAAGCCCAGGCCCUCCCUUCCCCCCAGGGAACGUCUGCGCCGACUGUCGAAACACCACAGAGUUCCCCUCAACAACCAUCAGGCUCUUCACCCGGAGACCCACCUGGCUCUCCCCGUCCUCAUUCCCCAUCGCGAUACAUGCUGCGCCUACCCCCACCUCCUGGCUUCUACCUGCCCAAGGAACACAACUAUGCUCAGCAUUGCCCCCUGGUGUGGCGGAAGCGUUACGACAGGGCCAUCGACAACCUGGAGAAGUCCCUGCGUCUGCUUAGUGCGGCCAGGCGGAGGGAGAACCGGCUGCGGCAUGCGCUCCUGCGCCUCAGAGAGAAUCGUCUGAAACACACCCUGCUUCGCUCCCGUGACGGAGCUAAGGGCAGGGGAGGUCGAAUUCAGGGGUUGGAGAGGAGAGGACAUGGAGAUAAGGCAGGAGGUGUCAGCCUGGCUGAGCCAGAAGAGACUGAGAUGGAUGGAGUGCCAGAGGACUUGGGGCUAUUUGAAGACGGACCUGGGGAACCGAUUGACUGGGGAGGGCGGGUCCGGACUACAGAGACUAAAGCUGGGUUGGAAGAGGAGGGAGGUUACUGCUUCUACUGUGGAAGAGGGCGAGAGGACGAUGGGGUUAAAGUGACCAGGGGAAGCUCUCAGAUCAGGAAAGGUGGACAGGGAACUAUGGAUGAUGGCUCUUGGAGCUCUCAGGUUGAUGAGGGGGACAGAGAUGGUCGAAGAGGAACACGAAUUCCAAAGAAGGCUCGAGUUCGAAAGGUUGUAGAGACCACAACAUAUGCAGGAGCGCCACAGGAAAGCUAUGAAAGCUACUACUAUCACUGUGGCGCGUCUGAGAGUGGUGAAGAUGUGCAGGUACUCAUGGUGGAGCUGCCACCUGAGAAAGGGGUGAAAGCUGGCGUGGAACUUCACUGCAACCCUCAGCUGUCCAUCCCCCUGUUGCAAACACAAUCACCGGUGGGCCUUCAGCAGAUGCAGCCCUCAGGCAGAGCAGCACUGCAGGAUACCCACAGCCGGGUUCAAUUCCUGCAGCCUUGCCCAGCCUCCCAGCAAGGGUUACUCGUCACAGACCUGAACUCAAUAGAAGCAGAGCCAGUGGACAGCCAGCAGCAGCUGGAGGAGCCGGUGUUCUGGAUGCAGGAGGGCCAACUGCUCUUAGUGCCUGUGCCCUCUGAAGACUGGCUGAAGGGCACAGUUGGGAUGGAGGGAGUGGCAGAAGAGGUGGGAGCACCAACCAUAUUAGUGUCAGAGGUGGGAUUUCCUAGAGACUUGGUGGAGGAGAAAAAGGGGCUGUGCUUGGAGGGUGGGGGUACAGGGCUGAGGGUUAUAUUGCCCACUGAUGGACAGGGAGGCCACCACUCAGACAUCAGGACUACUGUGGUGAGCGGUGAUGUGAGGGAGCGGUUGAAAGAACACUUGGAGGGGUUUCAGCUCCAGCUUAGCAGUGAGUUUAUUGACUGAAGGCUGUAUCAUAUUAAAGGGCCAAAGGGUGAAAGCCUUCAUGUAGAGAGUGAAAAGGUGUCAGCAUACUGUUGUGUUUUAUAUACAUCAGCUAAGAUGGUGGAAUGUUAACUUAUAACUUAAAUCAGGUGGAAAGGUCAAGAGAACCAUUUAGCAGGACAAAUCAGUCAGUCAUAUUCUUACCAGCUUGUUAGCCCAAAAUGCUUCAUAAAAAUACAAAAACAUUCCAUUUACUCACUUCACGCAGGCUUGUGUAGUAGAGCAGUGGUUCCCAAACUGUGGGGCGCGCCGAGAGGUCGGUGGGGGGCUCAAGGUGCAAUUUCGAAAUUGGGGUAGUGCAGCAUCAGUUCCUGUUGUCUUGUCAGUCAUUGCAGACCUUAGAGAGCUAUUUAUAACUUGUUAGAAAUCAACUCGCCCAUGUCAGCUAACUUUUUUUUUUUAGCUAGGUUUUUUUAGCCUAUAGAUUCUGUUGUGAUGUUUGAGUCACUCAAAUAUCACAUGAAUAAACAUUAGACAUGGCAAACUGUAUAGAAUUGCAAGAAAAUGUGCUUUAAACGGCAAAAUGUUCUCUGCACCUCAUGACACGAUCUGUAGAAUUGCAGGAAAUUAGCUUUAAACCUGCAAAAUGUUCUCUAAGCCAACAAGAAGGGGGUGAACAGUUUGUGUCAUGAACAGUGCUUGUGCCCAUAAAAAUAAACAUGGUGCACGCAUGCGCGUGAUGUUCCCCAAUGCCUGUGUGAAACGUUUGGGAACCCCUGUAGUAGAGCAUACAAAGUGUAAUUGAAAACAUUUCAAAGCAUACAUCACAGAAUUAAUGAAAUACAUUGUAAAUUAUGCUCAGUUACACUUGUCAUUGCCUGUACAUACAAUUAUUACAGUUAAUAAAAUAACGUAU